AUGGCAGACUUUGGGGAAUAUCCGCCCAACAUGGCCCCCCAGGACGCGCUUAUUGUACGGCAGCAAACGGAACAAGAGCACGCCGUCGUGCCAUACUCUGCCGACAACCUGACGAAACCCAAUCUCGGUCCAGCCAACCCGUUCAAGGAGGACACAAGCACCCAGAAGCGGAAGAAUGUCUUGACGGGCCACGCGGAAGAGACUUUUCUGAGCGAACACACUUUUCGAACCAAGCAUCGCGCGGUCGAGAGGCGAGGCGGGCCGGAGCGACAAUACCAGACCAACGCCCAGGUGAGGGCUGAGGCCUCGCGCAUACGAGCUGCUCGAGAGCGGAAGGGAAAUGCUACAGUAGCAGAAGGCCCCGGAGCCUAUGUCGGCCCGUGGGCCAAGUACUCGACUGAGAAGUACGAGGUGGUCGGCAGCGACGAGGAGUUGGCGAGCGAUGAAGAAUACGAAGUCGUCGAGGAGGAGGAGGACGACGACGACGACGUUGUGGAGAGCGGAACGGUAGUCCAAGCCCCGGCAGCAGCGGUCGCCCGCCGAAAAGAGGUUGAGGAACGAGGCGAAGAAACGACGACAUUCCACGGCUCCGAACAGUACGACUACCAGGGCAGAACAUACAUGCAUGUCCCCCAGGAUCUCGAUGUCGAUCUGCGCAAAGAUGUCGGCAGCGUCACCAACUACAUACCCAAGAAGCAGAUCCAUACGUGGAGGGGCCACUCCGGAGCCGUCACAGCCUUGCGGUUCUUCCCGGCAUCUGGGCAUCUGCUUUUGUCGUCGGGCGCCGAUGCUACAGUCAAGAUAUGGGAUGUCUAUCAUCAAAGGGAGCUGCUACGCACAUAUUCCGGGCAUUCAAAGGCGCUUUCGGACAUUUGCUUCAACACCUCGGGAACUCAGUUCCUUUCGUCUUCGUACGACAGAAUGAUGAAGCUCUGGGAUACGGAGACUGGCAAAUGCAUCAGCAAAUUCACGACAGGCAAGACGCCCCAUGUCAUCAAGUUCAACCCGGACCCGGAACAUGCAAACGAGUUCCUGGCAGGCAUGUCGGACAAGAAGAUCGUGCAAUUUGACACGCGCACCCCCAAUGAAGUGGUCCAAGAGUACGACCACCACCUCGCUGCCAUCAACACCAUCACUUUCGUCGACGAGAACCGACGGUUCAUGACGACCUCCGACGAUAAAUCGCUUCGUGCAUGGGACUACAACAUUCCCGUUCCUAUCAAGUAUAUUGCCGAGCCCGACAUGUACCCGAUGACCAACGCAGCGGCUCACCCGAGCGGCAAGUAUGUCGCCUACCAAAGCUCAGACAACCAGAUAUUGGUAUACGGCGCCAACGACAAGUUCCGCCAGAAUCGAAAGAAAAGCUACCGCGGCCACAACAACGCUGGCCUUGCAAUUGACCUUGACUGCAGUCCAGACGGGCAGUUUCUGGCUUCGGGAGACUCGGCGGGCUUCGUUUGCUUUUGGGACUGGAAGACCUGCAAGAUGUACCACAAACUGAAGGCAGGCAACCAGGCCCUGACAUGUGUCAAGUGGCACCCCCAGGAGACUAGCAAAGUGGCCACCGCAGGGUUGGAUGGCGACAUUCGUUAUUGGGACUGA